UGUGUGUGUGUACACGGUCACGGGGAAUCCGUGGGAGCGCAAACUCCGCCCACGCUAUGAACAUCUCCAGCGGCGAGUGCGUGGGGGGGUUUGCCUCGCGCUCGGAGCUCGGGCUGCAAUGAACACGCCACUACAAAACUGCUCUUGACCAUGUAACAGCACUGCAGUUCAGGGGAUAUUCAUGUACGAACGCUGCGGCAGGCAUUCAGCAGCUGAAAAGGUUAAUGCACUGACCAAUAGGAUCAGAAGACCUGCCACAAUUACUGAGAGAUGAAUGUUAUCGUCUGAAGGAGAGGGCAGAUGACCUUUGUUGGGAUAUAUAGAUGAACUAAAGCAGUCCUUCAUUCAUUCAUGAGGAUUCUAGCUGCAUUCAUGAAGUAUAUUUGUGAUUGGUUUGUGGCCAGUUUGAUUGGCUAAGUUUUCCUUGAGCUCUGUGAGCAGUUCUUUAAAUGGUCAUGGCGAAGACAACCGAGUCCCUUAAUCUGUCCUUCCUCCUGGAGCACGAAAGACAGAUGAUCCUCAGUGUUCUCCAGAAAGACGAGAAGCUCAGGAAACGAGAGGAGAAACGCAUCAGGAAGCUGAAAAAUGAACUUCUGGAACUGAAGCGAGCCGGGCGGCGUAGUUCAGCUGAUCAGCGUGAGUGUGCCGUAUGUCUGCGUGCUCUGGGUCUCAUCCUGCAGAGGGGUAAUGUGUGUACCAAUUGUCAUCGGCGCAUCUGCAACUUCUGCACUGCUACGCCUCCAGGCAGCAACUGCAAAUGCACCGUGUGUGCAAAGACUGCGGAGCUGAAGGUGGUUACAGGAGAAUGGUUUCUGGAAGAGAGAUCCAAGAGGUUUCAACAUGCCAGUGUACCCAGCAGUGAUGUAGUCAAACAGUCAAUCCUCAGCAGUCCUCCAGAUGGAGGCUCUGCUCACAGACCAUCAGAGAUGGAGAGAUCAUCCACACCACAGUAUGAGAGAUCGCCUACUCCUCAAUUCCAGAAAGGCGCAGGGAAAAACAGGAAAGGUGUCUGUUUUAGGAAGAGAACGGUUGCAGUGGAACCAUCAGGGUUACCAACAGUGCCCAAUAACAUGAGAACACAAAUGGUCAAAACACCAACCCAGACAGAGGCAAGAAACAGGCCGGAUGGGGCAGAGAGCGUGUCUAGUAUACAAAGCAGUGACAGCGUUUCUGAAAAGAUGGCGGAUGGGCGGAGACAAAUAGAUUGCAGCACACCCUCUAUUGCCAUAUCCAGAGCCUCCCUCUCAUCAGAUCGCAGUCGCUCUGAGGUGGACCUCAGUAAUCCUGGAGAGGGCUUCAGUGAAGAUCCCCUGAUUAGUCGAUGCCGCUCAGUUCCAGGACUGAACGAUGGGGACUCGGAUGAGGACAUUGAUGCGGUGUUAUCAGCACACUAUAAAACCAACCGGAGCGUCUGCAGUGCGCAAUCAAUGUCUUCCACACCUGCCUCGGAGAGAAAGUGGGGUUUCCUUAAUGUACCUGACUCAGAUGCUGACACUACCAGCAUCAACAGUAUGAUGAGCGUGUACAGUGAGACGGGGGACUAUGGCAAUGUGCGGGUUUCCGGGGAGAUCCUGCUCAACAUCUCUUACAGCUAUAAAACAGGGGCACUCAACGUGCUCGUCCGCGAGUGCCGCUGCCUAGCAACCGGGGAUGAGAGGAGACAGCGCACGGAUGCCUAUGUUAAAACAUAUCUUCUGCCAGACAAGUCCCGUCAAAGCAAGCGGAAAACCAGCAUCAAAAGCAACACCACUAACCCAGUGUUCAAUGAAAAUCUGAGGUAUGUAGUCAGUCACUCUCAGCUGGAGACUCGCACACUGCAGGUUUCUGUGUGGCAUCAUGAUCGUUUUGGACACAACAACUUCCUGGGGGAGACGGAGCUGACCUUUGACUCCUGGGAGUUUGACACGCAGAUAGAGGAGUGGUUCGCUCUACAGCCUAGGAGUGAGUCUUAUGUGGACUCAGUGAUGCACUAUAAAGGGGAACUUACAGUGGUUUUGAAGUACAUUCCUGCAGAGAGAAAUGUCUCACUGCCUCUGGACCAAGUGCAAGUGAAAAAAGGAUUUCUGAAGGGAAAGAAGAAGACCAUCACACUUCCUAAAGGAGGAAUGGUGGAGCUGCUGGUUAAAGAGGCAAAAAACCUGACGGCCGUCAAAGGAGGGUCCUCUGACCCAUUCGUCAAAGGAUACCUACUGCCUGAUGACAAGAAAAGCACAAAGCACAAGACCGCGGUGGUGAAACGUACCGUAAGCCCACGCUGGAAUCACACCUUCACAUACUGCGGCCUGCAGCACAGCGAUUUGGACAGCGUGUGUCUGGAGCUGACGGUGUGGGACAGAGAACCGCUCGCCAGCAACGUCUUCCUGGGUGGUGUGCGGCUCGGGGCAGGGACAGGUCUGAGUUAUGGAAAAGAAGUAGAUUGGAAUGAUUCCUACGGUGAGGAGCAGCGGCUAUGGCAACGCAUGAUUGACAACCCUGAAGUCCCACAAGAGUGCACACUGAUGCUGCGAUCCAGCAUGGCCAAGAGGAAGACAUAGAGAGAAUGCGGGACAGUUUCCUUGGCAAUACGCAUCAAAUCUGAUCACCUCUAGACACUUUAAAGUGCUCUUUAUGUUCUUUUGCAGUACUCGCAACUACCCAGAUUCUCAUUCCAAUGUGCACAUGCUCUCUAAAUCCUCAAAACACAUCUAUGGCAUACAUAUGCACACACAUAUAGGCCUCUAUGGUCCCAUUUACACCUGGUAUUAACAUGUUUCUCAAUUGUGAUCGCAUGGGAUUAGCAGGAACUCUAAUUUUAUGACUACAUAUAUAUCACUUAUGUCAGUGCGGUACUUCAAGUUGAUAAGGAAGGGAAGAGCAAAAAAUGGUACACAGUCUCUCCCAAAUAUAUUUAAAUUUUAAUCUAAGCAUUUUAAAAAUGUAUGAAAUUUAAAAGUAAAGUUUCAAAUGGCAUUCACAGUUAUCUUAGUUGAGUAACUGUAUUAAGCAAACCUCUUAAGAGUGUGCUUCAAAUCAUCUUAAUAUCAGGCUUACUGAAGAAUUUUUUUAUUUGGACAGUUAAUUUUUAAGCUGCAUAAAGUUUUACUUUUUUGCAGCAGAAGAACAUUGGCAGGUAUAGGUGGUCUUUCGCUGACCUGACUUCAUUUACCAUUGAAUGUGAUUGAACAGCAGAGACAAACCAGGUGUAAAUUUUGCGACACACUAGGACACCAACCCAGGUGUAAUUAUAUUUAUGUAACAUUUCAUUUUACAGUGUCCUUAUUACACGUUACAUGUAUUUACUGUAGUAAUAACAGUAAAUUAUGUGUUACAUGCAACUAACCUAAACCUAUAGUAAGUGUGAUAAAAUUACCCAGUACUAAAAGGGUUAGUUCAUCAAAAAAUGAAAAUAAUGUAAUUUAUUUAUCACCUUCAUGUCGUUCCACACCCGUAAGACCUUCAUUCAUCUUCGGAACACAAAUUAAGAUAUUUUUGAUGAAAUCCGAUGGCUCAGUGUGGCCUGCAUUCACAGCAACGACAUUUCCUCUCUCAAGAUCCAUUAAUGUAAUAAAAACAUACUUAAAUCACUAUAUAAGUCGUUUUGUUUUUUUGGUGCACCAAAAAUAUUCUCGUCGCUUUAUAAUAUUAAUAUUGAGCCACUGUACUCACAUGAACUGAUUUAAAUAUGUUUUUAGUACAUUAAUGGAUCUUGAGAGAGGAAAUGUCAUUGCUGGCUAUAGAGGCCUCACUGAGCCAUCGGAUUUCAAGCCAAGGUUUUACGGGUGUGGAACGGCAUGAGGGUGAGUAAUAAAUGACAUUAUUUUCAUUUUUGGGUGAACUAACCCUUUAAAUGUAAAAUGACAUUGUAACAAGGACACCUUGAACUAAAGUAUAACCUUAUAUUUCAAAACACUCACAUUGGUCAUAACUGUGAAUCGCACAUGAGUACUAUUUUAAAAAGAGCACAGUGAACAUUAUCAAAAAUCAAAGGUCACAGCUGUCCUUAAAAGAACAAAGCACAAAGCACUUCCUCCAUACACACACACACACACACACACACACACACACACACACACACACACACACACAAGAAAAAAAUGAAUCCAAUUUGCACAAAUAUCACCUGCACAUAAUGCUUGCACACGUGGCAGACUAAUUGAGAACAAUGUGAUCAAUCCUUUCUAUGAGCACAUUAAUAUAGACAUGCACAAAAGAUAUUACGAUAAUCAUGUCAGAUCUGUCAAGACUGUAUUACACAAAUUUUGGCUUAAGAGAGACUGAUGCUGUCAGUUAAAUUUCAUAGCUAGUUUUACCACAGUUAGAAUGUGAAAAUAGGUGUGUGACAUGAAGAAUAUCUGGGAACAAUGUGGUUCAUUACCUUCAACUAGAUUUACAGUUCCUCUAAAAAAUUCCAGUGUUUUUGGUAAAAUGAUAGUUAUAAACCCAAAUGUAAAGUAGAUAAAGUAGAUUACAAUUCUAUUAAGACAUCAUUAAGCCUGUUUUCUAAAGACUAGUCACAAUUCAGCAUGCAAAUAAUACAAUGACAUCAAUGUUGUUAGGUAGAUUCCCCCCGUCACUGUUGUAUCGCACAGGAACGACUCAUCCCAAAGGAGAAAGUAGUUUAGCAUUAAAGAAAUUACACACUGCACAAAUGCAUGAUGUUUAUCAUAACCAAAAAUACAAAGAAACCCUAAGAAUAUAAUUUUCUAUAAAAAUGUAAGUGGUUUGAGGUUCUAUUUGGAU